CUAAUAUAUGCAAUCUUAAGAUUCGAUUUUAGCAAUAAAAUAGCUGGUAAAUAAUUUUUCCCAAAAAUGGUAUUUUUUCGAUAAUUUUCCCAGACUAUCAACAAAAUCCAAGAAACCGAAGCGCCAACCCAAAUUCUGAGCAGUCUCAACAUAAUAAGGUUAAUAUCCCCAAGAAUCGCGCGGUGUCGAAAUGAAAUUGCGACUGUCGAAAUGAAUUAGAAUCAGGCCCCAGGUGGGAACACAAAAAAACCAACUGUGAAAGUGUCACGUCUGACAGCUACUGCUGGCUCAGCUGUCCAGCCGCUGUGGUCGUCCGAACGCACCCUACAAUCGAUGAAAAGCCCUAUUGUUUCCAUAUUUCCAUUGGGUGCAUUCAGCAGACACAAUCGCUAACUAAUCGAUUAGUGAUUUUCUGCUGAAUGCCACAUAAAUUGUGACAUUCAGCAUGUAAAUCACAAAUCGAUUACUAAUCGAUUACUUAGCGAUUGCGUCUGCUGAAUGCACCCAUUGUUUCUGUUUCAUUUUUCAUUUUUCAUUGUUGAUUGUUCGGUGAUUGUUCGAUUGUUGCUGUUUGUAUUGAAAUCAAGUUUAAUCUAAUAAUAAAAUGGAAGUAAAACAAGAAUUUAAUGAGGAGACGUCUAAAAUAGAAAUAGAGUCUAACGACUUAGAUCAUGAUGAUGCUCUUCUAGAUCUAGAUGUCUUUAAAUGUGAAAUUAAGGAAGAAUCAAAUAGCAAAAGUACACAUGGCACAUGUGAUUAUUUAGACUUAAAGGAAAUUCCUACAAAUGAAAUACACCAAGAGAGAAAUAAACUAAACCCAUUUGAAGAAAACCAACAAACUGAAAAAGGCUUUAAAUGUGACAUUAAGGAGGAAUCCAAUACCCAAAGUACACAUGACGCAUGUGAUUAUUUUGACUUAAAGGAAAUUCCUAGAAAUACUGAAAUACACCAAGACGGAAAUAAACUAAACCUGUUUGAAGAAAACCAAAAAACUGAAAAAGGUUUUACUCAGGAGGAGAAUAAAAUAGAAGGUAUGGAAACAGUUUGUGAACAUUCAUCCCACAACCAACACUAUUCGAGUCGACACGCCAAAGGAAAAACUGUAAAUAAAAAUAUAAAAGUUCAGACUAGAGAGGGACCUUACAAAUGUGAGAUUUGUUUCAAACAGUUUUCUAAAACACAUUAUUUGAAACAACAUUUAAGAAGGCACACUGGAGGAAAACCUCACAAGUGUGAAAUUUGUUUUCAGCAGUUUAGUGAAACAAGUACUUUAAAAAGACAUUUGAGAGUGCACACUGGAGAGAAACCUCACAAGUGUAAAAUCUGUUUCAAGCAGUUUAGUCAAGCAGGUACUUUAAAAAAACAUUUGAGAGUGCACACGGGAGAAAAACCUCACAAGUGUGAAAUCUGUUUUAAGCAGUUUAGUCAAGCAGGACAUUUGAAAAAACAUUUGGGAGUGCACACUGGAGAAAAACCUCACAAGUGUGAAAUUUGUUUUAAGCAGUUUAUUGAAGCAGGUGAUUUGAAAAAACAUUUGAGAGUGCACACUGGAGAAAAACUCCACAAGUGUGAAAUUUGUUUUCAGCAGUUUAGUGAAACAAGUACUUUGAAAAGACAUUUGAGAGUGCACACUGGAGAAAAACCUCACAAGUGUAAAAUCUGUUUUAAGCAGUUUAGUCAAGCAGGACAUUUGAAAAAACAUUUGGGAGUGCACACUAGAGAAAAACCUCACAAGUGUAAAAUCUGUUUUCUGCAGUUUAGUCAAGCAAGACAAUUGAAAAAACAUUUGAGAGUGCACACUGAACUCCACAAGUGUGAAAUUUGUUUUCAGCAGUUUAGUGAAACAAGUACUUUAAAAAGACAUUUGAGAGUGCACACUGGAGAGAAACCUCACAAGUGUAAAAUCUGUUUCAAGCAGUUUAGUCAAGCAGGUACUUUAAAAAAACAUUUGAGAGUGCACACGGGAGAAAAACCUCACAAGUGUGAAAUCUGUUUUAAGCAGUUUAGUCAAGCAGGACAUUUGAAAAGACAUUUGGGAGUGCACACUGGAGAAAAACCUCACAAGUGUGAAAUUUGUUUUAAGCAGUUUAUUGAAGCAGGUGAUUUGAAAAAACAUUUGAGAGUGCACACUGGAGAAAAACCUCACACGUGUGAAAUCUGUUUUAAGCAGUUUAGUCAAGCAGGACAUUUGAAAAAACAUUUGAGAGUGCACACUGGAGAAAAACUCCACAAGUGUGAAAUUUGUUUUCAGCAGUUUAGCGAAACAAGACAAUUAAAAAAACAUUUGAGAGUGCACACUGGAGAAAAACCUCACAAGUGUGAAAUCUGUUUUCAGCAGUUUAGUCAAGCAAGACAAUUGAAAAAACAUUUGAGAGUGCACACUGGAGAAAAACUCCACAAGUGUGAAAUUUGUUUUCAGCAGUUUAGUGAAACAAGUACUUUGAAAAGACAUUUGAGAGUGCACACUGGAGAAAAACCUCACAAGUGUAAAAUCUGUUUCAAGCAGUUUAGUCAAGCAGGUACUUUAAAAGAACAUUUGAGAGUGCACACGGGAGAAAAACCUCACACGUGUGAAAUCUGUUUUAAGCAGUUUAGUCAAGCAGGACAUUUGAAAAGACAUUUGGGAGUGCACACUGGAGAAAAACCUCACAAGUGUGAAAUUUGUUUUAAGCAGUUUAUUGAAGCAGGUGAUUUGAAAAAACAUUUGAGAGUGCACACUGGAGAAAAACCUCACAAGUGUGAAAUCUGUUUUAAACAGUUUAGUGAAGCAGGUACUUUAAAAAAACAUUUGAGAGUGCACACGGGAGAAAAACCUCACAAGUGUGAAAUCUGUUUUCAGCAGUUUAGUCGAGCAGGUGAUUUGAAAAGACAUUUGAGAGUACACACUAGAGAAAAACCUCACAAGUGUGAAAUCUGUUUUAAGCAGUUUAGUCGACUUGGAAGUUUGAAAAGACAUUUGACAGUGCACACUGGAGAAAAACCUCACAAGUGUGACAUCUGUUUUCAGCAGUUUAGUCGAGUAGAAAAUUUGAAAAGACAUUUGAGAGUGCACACUGGAGAAAAUAUUUGCUAAGUAUGAAAUUUGCUUUACUUAGUUUACUAUAAUAACGGAUUAAAUAAAACAUUUGAGAUAGUGUGUAGAUGUCUUUACGGUUUGUUAAACACACGAUUUACAAAAAAAACAUCCAAAUUACUGAACCUGCGUUUCUUCUAGUGCUGAGCACAACAGUCUAAUCCAAGCUCACGGUUUCUCUAAAUGAACGAACAGUCCAACGUUUAGCCAAUUCUUCGCAAUGAUAGAAAGAGUGAACAUUUGGCUACUACAAGCGGGUAACUUUUCUGAUGGCUCUUCUGAAAACUGCUCAAGUUAGAUACCAAUAAAAAAGGGAAAGUUAAAUGCCACUGAUCAGCAAUAGAAGACUUAAUCAAGGGGUCUCCAUAUAAAGAAAUUCUAUCACUGAAACGAUAAGUCCCAUAAUCGGAAAAAGUGUUAGUGUCAAAUGUUAAACCAAUUAACACGUUGAUGGACAACAACGACUAUAGACGUCUAUUUUCCAUUAAUGUAGCUUAUACAUUUGACGCAGUGUCCGUCAACGUGUUAACCAGUAAAAGUUUACUACAAAAAUUAACAUAAAUAUAAAUUUGUUAUUCAGGUAUAUGUAUUGUAGCAGGGGAGGCAAGGAUGCUAAAUUUGCAGUUACUAAAGCCUUAUGGGGACCUAUUGGGUUGUGAAUAUUAGGUCCUAAAACAGAAACAGUUAAGUUAUGUUUUCCAUUUUAGUGCUGACUUUCCAUUUUUUAAUUUAAUUUUUAAUUUCCAACAAUCUUUUUCCGAUUGUAGCGCCAUCUAUCCAUAAUUCGAAAAAAUGUCUCGAAUAAAAGUUUUUUGCCAAAUCUGCAAUAAAAAAUAUAUUUAAGAUUUUAAAGUAACCCCUACCCUACCACCGUGGGUGGUCGUGUUUAAUGUUAUUCGAUAGAUGUUUAAAAAAUAUUGGACACGUAUUUUUAGAUUUUUUUUUCGUACCCCCUUAACAAACUCCCCUGUAUUAAGAGUUCAUAUAUGGUAGGGGUACAUUUACAGGGUACAAGGUUUCUUUCUGUGAUUUUUUGACUCGCUCGUGUAACUAAAAAUCUCCUCUUGGACUCCCCUACCAUUACGAAAAAUAUGCCCGAAUGUUUUAAAAAUAAUGUAGUAAUUAGUGGAAACCAAGCAUUAUUUAAUUUCAGAAUAUAUUUUCAAAAAUC